AUGACGAAAUUUUAUCCUUCAUACAAAGACUACUUUGAAAAAUUACAAGAUAUUCAAGAUCUUGAUUUUUACGAUGAAGUUGACAUUAAAGAUUUUACGUUUGAUAAAGAUAAUUCUCGUCUUACAUAUCCAUGUCCUUGUGGAGAUUUGUUUGAAAUAUUUAUAGAAGAUUUAUUAAACCAUGAAGAUGUUGCAAGAUGUCCUAGCUGCUCACUAAUUAUUAAGAUUGUAUAUGAAGACAUUGAUUUAGAAGAUUUUUUAUAA